UGACGUCAGCGACUGUGUGGAGGAGUAUAGGCUGUGCUGUCAGCCCAGUGUCAGUCUGAUGAAGAUUGGCAUGCAGGCUCUGACUGGAGAUUUGGAUGCUUGGUGUGGGCCAGCUAAAUUCUUGAUGUGAAGCUGUCCCAUGAUGCAACAUGAUUCCCCAGCACCUGCAGUGACAAUAAUGGCCACACAGAGUGUUCCUCCUCCAACAUACCAGGAAAGUCAACAGAUGACGGGCACAACUCAGCAGAACUCCAAGACCCCACAGGUCCAUAUUCCAGCAGCCUCUGCAGCAGGAAAUAAUUCUGUCAGUGUGACCCUUGACCCACAGGCACAACUUGAGUCUGACAAGAGAGCUGUUUACAGACAUCCAUUGUUUCCCCUGCUGGCACUGCUGUUUGAGAAAUGUGAACAGGCCACUCAGGGAUCUGAAUGCAUCACAUCAGCCAGCUUUGAUGUCGACAUUGAAAACUUUGUUCACCAGCAAGAGCGAGAACACAAGCCCUUCUUCAGCGAGGAUCCAGAGCUUGACAACUUGAUGGUGAAGGCCAUUCAGGUAUUACGAAUCCACUUACUCGAGUUAGAGAAGGUCAAUGAGCUCUGUAAGGACUUCUGCAAUCGUUACAUCACUUGUCUCAAGACAAAGAUGCACAGCGACAACCUUUUACGCAAUGACCUCGGAGGGCCCUAUUCUCCGUCCCACACCAGUCUCAGCAUGCAGCAGGAACUAAUUCAGACCUCCUCUCCAUCCAUGACCUCUGUCUCCAGCUCUGUUAAUUCUUCAGGGAUUGUGGUGCCAGCUGGAGGUCUGCCGCAAAGCAAUGUCGCCAUGACCACCAUCAACUCUCAAGUGGUCUCAGGUGGGACCUUGUACCAGCCGGUUGCCAUGGUGACAUCACAAGGGCAAGUGUUAGCACAAGCACUACCUCCAGGAACCAUCCAGAUUCAGAACUCACAGGUAAAUGUGGACUUGUCAUCUCUUUUGGACAGUGAAGACAAGAAGUCAAAGAACAAGAGAGGGGUCCUGCCCAAACAUGCCACCAACAUCAUGCGCUCCUGGCUUUUCCAGCAUCUCAUGCAUCCAUACCCAACAGAAGAUGAGAAAAGACAGAUUGCUGCCCAAACAAGUCUCACCCUUUUGCAAGUAAACAACUGGUUCAUCAAUGCCCGUCGCCGUAUUCUUCAGCCCAUGUUGGAUGCCAGUAAUCCAGACCCAGCUCCUAAAGCAAAGAAAAUGAAGUCCCAGCACCGCCCCACACAGCGAUUCUGGCCGGACUCUAUCGUGGCUGGAGUACUACAGACGCACAGAUCUCAGACAGUGAACAAUUUAGAAAACCCACUGAGCAUGGACGGCCUCCAGUCGCUGUCCUCAGACUCUGCCACCCUGGCCAUGCAGCAGGCCAUGCUUGGAGCUGAUGACUCCAUGGAUGGCACAGAGGAUGACGAGGAUGAGGAGGAGGACGAUGAAGAAGAGGAAGGGAUGGAUGAAGAAGAAGAGGAGGUGGAAGAAGGCGAGGAGGAACAUGAGAGAGGAAGACAACUGUCUGGCAGGGGAGUGGGAAGAAGAGAGCUCAGCAUGGAAGCAGGAGACGAGCUGGACAACGUAUCCAGAAUGUCAAUUGCACAGGCAGCGGCCAAGGCCAUGUUAUCUGAUGCCCUGCUGCAGGACAGCUCUGGGAUAUACAGGAUCAACCGCCUGGAACUGGAGCUUCCUUUGGACAAGGUCAUCAAGUAUGUGUCUGUGGGCCUCCCACUAAUGCUGGUUUGCAUGGCCUUCGCCCGCGAGAUCUCCCUGGGGCCUCAAAUCAGCUGCUUCACUCCCAGCAAUUUCACAGCCAAGCAGGCCAUCUAUGUAGAUACAUACUGCUGGGACUCUCUCAUGCAUCAUGAGUUCGAUGGUGACGGGAACUUUGAGGAGCGCUCACUCUGGGUGCACAAGAUGUUUCCUUACUCUCUUUUGGCCAUGGCCAUCCUGAUGUACCUGCCAGCUCUCAUCUGGCGCCAGCUUGUCACACCUACACUGGCCUCAGACUUGCUGUUCAUAAUUGAUGAACUUGACAAGUCGUACAACCGAUCAGUCCGACUGGCCCAAAGCAUUUUGGAUAUGCGGCAGAAUACUAAAAACCCGCUCACAUUUCAGGCUGAGCUUCAAAGGGCCAAGCGGAAGAGAUACUUUGAGUACCCCCUUCUGGAGAGAUACAUGCAGUGCAAACAAAAUUCUUACUUCCUCGUCAGCAUGCUGUUUUUGCGAGGCUUCCUCCUCCUCACCUUUAUGACCUCUGCCUGCCUCUAUCUUGCCUACUUCCAUCUUUCGGCCUUACUGCAGGACGAGUUUAGCUGCUUUGUCCGUACAGGCAUGCUGCGGGAUCAGAACUGGAUUCCAGAACUUGUUCAGUGCAAGAUGAUUGGGCAGCUGGUUUUUCAGGUGAUAAGUGUGGUCAAUGGCGCAAUCUACAUUCUGUUGGGACCUAUCGUCCUUUUUAGCAUUAUUCGACUCUUUGUUUGGGACACUAGCUUCAUCUCUGUGUAUGAGGUCCUCCCAGCAUUGGAUCUCAUUAACCGCAGAAGACUAGGCUGCCCACUGAAUGACCUCAAUGUUCUCCUGCUAUUUUUGCGUGCUAAUGUAGCUCACCUGAAGUCCUAUGGACAGGUAAGAGCUUUGUGCUCUCUUGCACCACCGCAAGUGGGCAACACUACUGCUGUGCAGGGCUUGAAUGCAAUGCUGACCCAAGAAGAAAUAGAGGAACGUGAAGAGGCUGCAAUGGGGCUCGCAGAAGAAGUAGAAGAGGCCAAGGAGGAAGGGAAGGUCAACUUGGUGGACAUCAUGACUAUUCUGGGAGCAGCCCAGGGACGAGUGGUGAACUGCAGUGAGAAGAAGCCUCUAAUGGAAGAAAAUAUGAGUCUGGGUACCACAACACUUAUUUAUACACUCAAACGCAUUCUUUUAGUGGCUAUUUUCAUCUUCAUCAUCUGGGAUGUACAGAGGAUCAUUAAGUAAUCUCCAGGCUAGUACUGCUGCUUACAUGCUGCUUUUCAUAUUGACGUAUAAGGAAAUUAAAUUUAGGUGAAAGCAGUUUGAGAAAUAGUUCAAACUAGGCGAUACAUUCAAAAUUUAUGGUUUAUUGUGUGGAGCUCAAUGGCGUAUUAUUUCUAAGAGUCUUUCAAAUUUCUGGCAAAUGCAGAGGAGAUGGAUUUGUAGUACUUCUUUGCCCUAACUGACCUCUCUGUUUCUUCACAGAGCCAAACCACCAGGGGUACCAUGAGUUGAAGGAGACUGCACCAUUUAGUCAUUACUAAGCCUUCAAUGGACUGAAUCAAUGUGAUAGCAAUGGGGAGUGGGGGAUUUCAGAGGUUUGGGAGAAGAGGGGGUUGGACACCAGUUAGGGCUCAGCAGUCUGUAGAAAAAAAAGCCUCUUUUAGAAUUACAGGCCAAAUUGUUCUGACUGGAAAUGUCAAUGGAUAUGGAUUUGUCAGGUUUUAGCCUCUGGGCAUGUGUAGCUGCCACAGACCAUUUUUCUGCCUUUCAGCAUAGGUCUACAUAUUAUUUUAAGAAGAAAAGUGCCAACGGAAAGUUUAUGAAAAAAGUGUUUCAGGUUAUUGUGUUACCAAAAAUCAAAUGUAAGGAUAAAAAACAUUUGUGAAGAAGUGCAGGCCAGUAUUUAUUUUAUGUCAAGAGACAAAAAGCAGCUAAACUGCAACUGCUAUAUGAUUUUGCCUUAUGAUUUUAUAAAUUUUUCAGUAGUCGUCUGACAUUCACUGUAACAUUUUAAUAAGUAACACUUGUUAAUAGCAUUAUGCCUUUGCUUUUGUAUGAUAGCUUGCUUUUACUGUCUUUCCAUGAUUUUCUUUUCACUGCUUCACAUAAAAUAAAGUCAUUACUAUCAGUUCUUGUAUUAAACAUAAACAAAGAAA